UUUGAAUGUUUUUGAGCCGAUUCACUCGGCGAAUUCUUGUUUCAGGAAACURUAAAUUGCGUAUUUGYAAGCGUUACAUUUGCGAGACGAACAGGAUGGAUACSACRCUAACUUCCAAGCAAGUUCGGCAAAUGUUUGUUGAUUUUUUCGUCAAGAAAUACGAACACGUGUUUGUUCCUUCCUCGUCUACCAUCCCUCUUGAUGACCCUACACUYCUUUUUGCAAACGCUGGCAUGAACCAGUACAAAUCCAUCUUCUUGGAAACCGUGGAUCCAAACAGCGAUAUGGCAAAACUGAAACGAGCCACAAAUAGUCAGAAAUGUAUCCGUGCCGGCGGUAAACAUAAUGACCUUGAUGAUGUCGGUAAGGACGUUUAUCAUCACACAUUCUUUGAGAUGCUGGGAAGUUGGUCGUUUGGUAAUUAUUUCAAGCAAGAGGCAAUUGACUGGGCAUGGGAGCUUUUGACAGAAGUGUACAAAAUGCCAAAAGAGCGUCUUUACGUGACAUAUUUUGGUGGUUAUGGAGAUAUCGAGCCUGAUGAGGAAACAAAGAAUUGCUGGCUUUCUAAAGGUAUCCAUCCCUCUCGGGUUCUCCCAUUUGGAAUGAAAGAUAAUUUCUGGGAAAUGGGAGAUACUGGACCAUGUGGACCCUGCACCGAGAUCCACUUCGAUAGAAUCGGGGACCGUGAUGCCAAGGACUUAGUCAACAUGGAUGACCCUACUGUUCUUGAAGUAUGGAAUCUUGUGUUCAUUCAAUUCAACAGAGAGAAUGGCGGCAACCUGAAACCACUUCCCAACAAGCAUGUUGACACUGGAAUGGGCUUGGAGCGUCUWGUGUCAAUAAUUCAGGGCAAGAUGUCCAACUACGACACUGAUAUCUUUACUCCAUUUUUUGACAAAAUUCACCAGGUAAGGAAAGAACCAGUUGCCCUGACUUCUUGUAUUGAAACUCAAAAAUAUGUGAACACACUACAUAUUGGAACUGAGAGAUCUAUUGUUUAG